UCCUAAUUUCGUGAUAAAGACAACGGCGAUAAGAACAAAUUCAAGUCUUUUGCAACCCCCGACGUCGUUCCUGUUGGAAAAGUAGGCCGGGAAAGUGUAAAUAACUUGCUACCAGGCCGGAAAGGGAUUCCAAAUAUUUUUGCCUUCGGGGAGUACAGAAAUCCGUGUCCAAGAUCUGGGUGUCCCAAAAGGAAACCGUUGUCAUCACGGCAAGAUCUGCUGCAAUUCGGAUUACGGAAAACCAACAUUAAAAACACUCCUCGUGCCUUUCUGGUACUUCGGCUAAAAAUGAAAUUUCGCUUCUGUGGCGAUGGUGACUGUCCGGACUGGGUGCUGGCCGAAAUUCAUUCCAAUCUGGCGCAGCUCACCACGGAUCAGCUGAACGAGCUCGGAGAGCACACCGCAAAAUCGAUUCUCGGUGCCGACAUUCCCGAAAGUGAUCUCUCGAAGAUCUACGCCAUCACCAAGGGCUCAUGGGAUGCACCGAAGGGAGCGAUUGCAUGUCUGCGAUUUCUGCUGACCAGCGCAGCACGGCACCGCACGGAUACGGCAGUGUUUGGUACCGAGCUGCAACAGUUGGGACUCCCAAAGGACCAUACAGCCACGAUGUGCCGGUUGCUGGGCGACUACGUGCAGCGCAUACGUGCCACACUGCGGGACAACAGCUUGAGCGUAAAUCAGCUCGAUAGCUUUGAGUGCAGCAUUCCAAAGAACACGAUCGAUUGCAUUCAGCUGAAACUGGGCAUACAGAACGAAAUAGUGGAUGGGCUGCCCAGGAAGACGAGCCACACCGUGAAUCUCAAUCGGAACGAUGCCUUGCUGCUGCUGAACGAGCUGAAAGCCGUGCGGGAUACGAUGGAGAACUACAACUUUGAUAAAAAAUAUUCCGAUGAAAAGUGAAACUCAUGUAAAAGUUUUAGAAUAUAUAGAUAUACAUUCCUUCAAUAUCU